UGUGUCUUGGCUCGCGCCGACCUUUGACCUCAGCGUUCCACCGGAACGUCACUGCGGCGGCAAGCCAGCGGCUAAACAGGCCCUCUCCGGGUGCAAUCUCGGGGAAAAGUCAGGACUAGAAGCACCGCCUUAAGAAAAAGCGACCGGGCGUGCCAGAGGGCUGGGCGAAGGGCGUGGCUUGCGCCUCCCGCAGCCCCGAGAGGCGGGACCCCGAGGGGGCGGGGCUUAGCGGUUCGGCCCUCCUGACGCGUGUCUGGCUGCGCGUGCUCAGUGCGAACCUGCUCUUGCGUUUGCUGGCUGCGCCAUGGAUUUUGACUCCGCUCGGCGGGCUGUUUUUCAGCUGCUCGGCGCCACGGCUCCCGCAGAAGUCCCGGCCCUGAUCCACUGGAUGAGAACUACUCGGGAUUUUGACAGACUCACGCAUGACAAUAACGACGCUGUGCUGAAGAACAUAGCAGAUGACCUUCGGGACCGUUUGCCUCUAGAAGCUGUGCUGCGCUCGGAACAUGUAGCCCUUCAAAAGAUACAACAGCAGCCGGAACCCACAGUUCACGUUGAUGCAUUCCUUUAUGAUGAAGAGUUUAUUGAUUCAUUAUGUGAGGAAGGAAAACUGAGCAGAAACUACUGUACUGUGUGUGGCUCCCACCGAAUAGCUCCUCUGGGAUUUAUUUCUCACUCCUUCUCCCUCGUGGAGUUGAAGUUCAUUUAUCAUCACGUUCUCCCCGAUCUGUCAGGAAAGGUCUUGGUUGACGUUGGCUCCAGACUUGGCACAGUCCUUUAUGGGGGCUACCUUUACAGCUCAGCACUGCAGCUCUGUGGGGUAGAGCUGAAUGGAGAAUUUUGCCAAUUGCAGGAAAUGAUCAUAAAGAAAUACCAGUUCAGUGACAGAAUCAAGGUGCUUCAUGCUGACAUCCGUACCCAGAGUGCACUCCUGCAGAGUGCUGAUGUCAUUGUAAUGAACAAUGUCUUCGAAUAUUUUCUCACUGAGGCUGAACAGGCCAGUGCCUGGGACUACAUCAUCCAGAACGUAAGAAAACGAGGAUCGCUACUAGUGACAGUACCAAGUCUCCAAGAUUCUCUCAUGGGUCUUCAGAUUAAUAUGCAGCUGUCCUCCUGGGUGGAAGAGAUCCCACUGAACCUUGAUGAGUACCCACAAACGGAUGUUGACCGAGAAGCUCUUGAACAAAUUCAUUUGUAUAGGGUUCUCUAGCCCUGAAGUAACCCUCUCCCCUGUGAUACGGUAAUCCAUACGUUUUGUUCCCUUCCAAGUAUUACAUGCAUGAUCUUGUCCCUGUAAAUAGUUGUGUAUGAACUACAUAUGUGGUAGUUCUGUGUGGAUUAAAAUACUUAUCUGAAA